AUGAACCGUGCUCAAGAUUUUAAAAACAAAAUCCACAAAUUUUUUCAUUUCGGUGGUGUUAUUGAAGCCAUCACAGAUAGAAUCGCGGAACUCACCUUACAGCAAGUAGGAACUGAUUCUAUUUUGACAGAUGAGGAAAUCAGGCUGCUCCGUGAUAAAGAAAGAUUGAUGCGCUUUAAAAAUGCGGCUGACAGUCUUACUGGUAUUUCAUUUGAAGACUUUUUUGACUUGCGUGGAAAUGAAGGUGAUGACAAUGAUUUCUCCGAUGGACCACCCUCGACCUUUCCUGUUGCUGAGCAUGAAAUCAGGCCAGCACCACAGCCUGUGCCAACUUCACCUGAGAGAGAAGCAAGAGAAAGUGAUCAGCAGCGCCAAAUACCACAAGCAGGCCAGCCUUUUCAAACUGCAUUGGAAAGAGUGACAGCAGCAAAAUAUAGUGAUCAGUUUGAAGAUCAUGUUCAAGAAGAUGAAAGGCUAUUUGAAAUUAGGGUGAUACCUGAGCUGCUGGAUGAAGCACCCAUCCAUGUUGUUCAACAUAUAAAUAUGUUUCUUCGACAUGGUGUGAUAGAAGAAACUUGUAACACACUUCUGCGGUAUUAUGCUCGCAGUAUCCCAAAUGCUUUGGCUUCUGUUAACAAUUACACCUUGAAUCGACAAUUCCCUGAUACUCAAAUGCAUCAUUUUGCUUCGAUUAACAAUUUAUUGACCCUUUUUGAUGAAACAAGAGUCCAUUUUUCUGCACCAAAAAAUGGCAAUUUCAGAGAACGUAUAUCAGUCAUUUUUCCACCUCCUGCACCAGAAUUGGAAGGCCUUUUACAUGAAUUGGCUAAUCCUAGAACUGCUUAUCGGUUGAGUGGAUUAAGGUACACAAGAACUGGGUACAUGAUCAGGGCACAGACCUCGACUACCAUUGGUAUUGAUGCAGAUGUCAAUUUGUGA